AUGGUUCAUCAAGCUCAUGAACAUGGAGACUUGUUCUCCCGGAGAUGCAUACUGGUAAACGGUCCGGUGAUAGUUGGGGCUGGCCCAUCGGGGUUGGCAGUCGGUGCAGGUCUCCAGCAACAAGGGGUUCCCUUUGUCAUCGUUGACCGUGCUGACUGCAUUGCUUCCCUCUGGCAAAACAAGACUUACGAUCGUCUGACACUUCAUCUCCCAAAGAAAUUCUGUCAAUUACCCUUCUUCCCUUUCCCACCUAAUUUCCCUGAGUACCCUUCCAAAUAUCAGUUUGUUGACUACCUUGAAUCAUAUGCGAAGAAAUUUCAGAUAAACCCACGUUUUAAUGAGUCCGUUCAGUCUGCUAAGUAUGACGAGAGCUGUGGGUCGUGGCGUGUGAGGACUGUUGUGGAUGAUUCUGAGGUUGAGUAUAUAUGUAGGUGGCUGGUGGUGGCAACCGGAGAGAAUGCGGAGAAGGUGGUGCCGGAGUUUGAAGGGUUGGAUGAGUUUCCCGGCCGUGUUAUGCAUGCUUGUGACUACAAGUCCGGCAAGGCUUUUGAAGGUGAAAGAGUUUUGGUGGUUGGCUGUGGGAACUCCGGCAUGGAAGUUUCUCUUGAUCUUUGCCACCACAAUGCUUUUCCGUCCAUGGUUGUGCGAAGCUCGGUUCAUGUCUUACCGAGGGAAACUUCUGGAAAAUCAACAUUCGAAUUGGCAUCUUCGUUGAUGAAAUGGUUGCCAGUAAAGGUGGUGGAUAAGAUUCUGUUGAUUCUUGCUAGGUGUAGUCUCGGGAAUUUAGAGAAAUAUGGUAUAAAGAGACCAGUAAUGGGUCCAAUUGAGCUCAAGAACACUCAUGGGAAAACCCCUGUUCUGGAUAUUGGUGCAUUACAAAAGAUCAAAACUGGAAAGAUUCAAAUAGUUCCAGGAAUCAAGAAAUUUUCAAGUACUGGUGUGGAGCUCGUUAAUGGCGAAAAUUUAGAAAUAGAUUCAGUUAUUUUAGCAACGGGGUAUUGCAGCAACGUUCCUUCAUGGCUAAAGGAAAGUGAUUUAUUUACAAGAGAAGGGAUGCCAAAGAUGCCGUUUCCAGAGGGGUGGAAAGGGAAAUCAGGGUUAUAUGCAGUUGGGUUCACAAGGAGAGGUCUCUCUGGUGCAUCUUUUGACGCCAUUAGAGUCUCACAAGACAUUGCUAAAAUUUGGCAUCAAGAAACCAAAUCACAAAGCAAUCAUUAUGUCACUGUUUCGUGUGAUCGAAGAUGUAAAUAG